AUGGGAGGCGCGCACCGCGCAGUACCGGCGAGGCUGGAGGGCAAGAAAGGCCUGCCGGCCCGCGCCUCGCUGGAAUCGUCGCCGCCCGGGCUGGACAUCAUGCCACAGGAAGAGUGAGCUUUUGCCCAUUUUACCAUGGAGGACUCGGGAAAGACCUUUGAAUCAGAGGAGGAAGAAACAAACUAUUGGAGAGACCUGGCCAUGACCUACAAACAGAGGGCAGAGAAUACUCAGGAAGAACUCAGAGAGUUCCAGGAAGGAAGCCGAGAAUACGAAGCUGAAUUGGAGGCUCAGCUGCAGCAGAUUGAAACCAGGAACCGGGACCUCUUGUCAGAGAAUAACCGCCUUCGCAUGGAGCUGGAGUCUGUGAAGGAGAAGUUUGAGAUGCAGCACUCAGAGGGUUACCGGCAGAUCUCAGCCUUGGAGGAUGACCUGGCGCAGACGAAAGCCAUUAAAGACCAACUGCAGAAAUACAUUAGGGAACUGGAACAAGCCAAUGAUGACCUGGAAAGAGCCAAACGAGCCACAAUCAUGUCCCUGGAAGACUUUGAGCAGCGUUUGAAUCAAGCCAUUGAAAGAAAUGCCUUCCUAGAGAGUGAGCUGGAUGAGAAGGAGAAUCUUCUAGAAUCUGUGCAGAGGCUGAAGGAUGAAGCCCGAGAUCUGCGGCAGGAAUUGGCUGUGCAACAGAAGCAAGACAAGCCCCGGACACCCAUGCCAGGCUCAGGGCAAGCCAAGAGGACAGACAUGGCUGUGCAGGCCACAGGCUCUGUACCGUCUACUCCAGUAGCUCACCGAGGACCUAGCUCUGGUUUGAACACACCAGGAAUGUUCAGACGUGGUCUGGACAGCUCCACUAGUGGGACGCCACUCACACCUGCAGCCCGGAUAUCAGCCCUAAACAUCGUUGGGGACCUGCUUCGGAAAGUUGGGGCCCUGGAGUCCAAGCUAGCAUCAUGCAGGAACUUCAUGUAUGAUCAGUCCCCAAGCCGGACAAGUGGGCCAGCCUCAGGACGAGGAACCAAAAACAGAGAUGGUGUUGACAGAAGGCCAGGCAGUACCAGUGUGGGCGAUAAAGGGAGAGAAAAUUGAGACCCUGUGAGACUUGUUCCGCUCUUGACUUUCACUCUUAGAACCUUGGGGGCCCUGUGCUAGCCACUGGGGUACUGCUGUCUCAUCCAUUAAAUAUGGUUUGCUCUGUCUGAAGGUCAGGAAAACGCUUGGAGUUUGGGAAGCCAGCCUCAGAGCCAGCAUCACCAGCGCUACCAUCCGCCCAGGGUGUGGUCAAGCUUUUGCUUUAGGACCAAUGAGAACUGCGCCCUCCCCUGUCUUCCUUACUUUAUAGUCGGCUUUUAGUCGCUUUAUUUUCAAGGUAGUUUGAGAAAUAAGAGCCAGUAUCACCAGCGUUCACUUUGUGCCGUGUAGCCUAAACUGACUACGGCUGGUGGUGGUGGCCUUGGCAUCAUCCCUGUGAUGUGGCUCAGUCCCUAGCAGUGUGUGUCAUGGAAAUGAGCUCACACACACACAGACACCCCGCACAAGGCAGCUCUAACGUAUGAUGCCACUGGCUUCCUAGAGUUUUAAUGGCCUCCAGAGGUGUUUUGCUCAGGAGCUCUCUGCAGCCUGCUUCCAGCUGAAGCUGUCUUCUGGAACAUUCUCCUGGUGCUUUUACAGCAUGAUCAAAUUGUAUCUAGGACUGGGAGAUUACAGAGGCAAAAAAAGGCUUUAUUAAACUAUGGUCAUGUACCUUUGACACUUUAACGCUGUCUGCCUCUUAAGUCAGUGGGAGACUAUCCUCUAUCGAUAAACCCUGACUCCUGUUUUUCUUGAGAUCCCUUCCCUGAUGUUGGGGUGGCAUGUGCAUCAAGACACUGGACAACUUGCGUUGCACUGGCCUUUGUUACAUCAUCCCUAAGAACAGAACUUCAUCCAGCCAGCUGGGCUUCAUUCAGACACCAUAGAGCAACCAGGGUGGUAAAGCCGGAGAUGGAGCUCACCGCCAGACGCGCCCUCGGGAUGUGGAAAGACCAGCACAGGCUCUGCAAAUGCCAGCUCGUCUCUCAUCUCUGGGGUGUAGCGCUGCCCCACACUUCAGUGCACAAUGAGAAAAGCACACUAAUACCAGAGCUUGGCACCCUUCACUGGCUACUAACUUAUUUUCUAGUUGAUGGGUAAAACUGGCCUAGAGUUGGACCUAGAACUUUUCGUGUGCUACUGACAUUACAAGGUGAUUUUAAGCUGCUGGCUAUUUGUUCUCCUUAGACAUAAUAACCUGGGGAAAGAUGGACUUUAUUUUUUAUAAGAAAUAAAAUAAAACCAAAAGAAAUCCCUGCUCAAUAGAUGUGCGUCCUUUCAUGUCUGUGCACAGGGCCAUGAAGUUUGUUUUUAACCAAGUAAUAAAAUAAUUGAACAAAAAAA